GGAGAGCUCUCCGUCUUAUCGUAGACACAGGUCUUCACAACAAAGGCUUCUCUAGAGAAAAAGCUUUAAAAUUCUUCGCAGACUACGCCUGGGAUACAUCAGAUGGCGCAUCGAAAGAAGUAACUCGCUAUCAAAGCGAUCCAGGUCAAGCUACAGCCUACAUGGUCGGCCAACUCCAUAUAAUAAAGUUGAGGGAAUACGCCACGAAGAAACUGGGCAAGAAAUUCAAUCUGAGAGAUUUCCACUUCUACCUGCUCUCACAAGGGUCAGCUCCUCUUAGUUAUUUGGAUGAGAGUAUUUCGAGGUACGUGGAGUGUACGUUGAACAACGGUAAAGGAGACGACUGUCAUGAUGUACUCUAUCCUGUUGGUAACGACGACAAGACUACUGCAUCAGAUGGCAUCUUCGAUGAUACAGAAUGGGGCGGCUACCCACCCGAGCGCUACGUACCAGACGAUUAUAUAUGAGUAGACCUAAUUUCAUAGAUCGUAGUUUAAGACAUUAUAUAGGUAUUUCAAAAUGAUUUGAUUUAUAAUGAUAGUUCGUAUUAUUGUAUUGAUUUUUGAAUUUUCGGACGCCUUGGUCAAUUAAGGCUCGCUGUGCUGGCUUUUUCCAAUAAGGUGUACAUUUUUUUUGAACUUGAUUGAAAAUAUAGGGCAACCUGUUGCUGCUGAGAUGUUGAGGUCAAGGGAAAUCAAUCAACCUAUCAAUUGCUUGGUCGUAUAAUUAUGUCUUAACUAGGCGCCAGAUUGGGACAGAAUGGCGCUAGGACAAAGGGAAAAACCCACACGGCAGAAGUCGCAAAUAUAACAUUAGCUUUUUCUUGAGAUCAAUUGUAUUCGACAGCAUCAUUUUGCAUUCAAAUUGUCAGUUAUGUCAUCAGAAUCACAUUAUAAAUAAACUUUCAAUUAAUCAUCUAUUUUUCAUUGAUUUGGAAUCAGUUUCCUUAUUUUAUUUCGAUGAUUUAGAUAAUUAUUGUUUUGGCAGUCAGGUCGUGGAUCCGGUGAUUCCACAAGUUCCUGAAGUCCCGUUCCUGAUAUGCAGAUAUAUCUUGCACGGUGGAUGCACAUCAAUUCAAUCUGUCAACUGUAUAGUUACACUUGCGCUAGAAGUCAGCAUGAGAUUCCGUAACUAGCACCGUCUGCACAUAGACCUGCUUGCAAUCAUGAAGAAGGAAAAGCGAAUGUCCUAUAUAGCGGCCGGUGUUUGUUUAAUAGGCAUCAUUCUCCUCAUAGUAGGAAUUGUUUUACUAGUGAAAGCAAACAGUGCAACGAAAGAUUGCAAUUCCACCGUCAAGGGUAAGGAUACCAGCUCAGGAACCAAAGAGGCUGGCGAUCGAUGCAAAUUCUCCGACGAGGCACUCAGUUCUGGUUUCGCUAAAUUCCUUCAGAAAGUCCAGGACUCAAACUUUGAGGUCUUUCCUGAAAAUAUAGUGAACAAGCCCAACGUUACAGUAGAUGAGAUUAAGCGAGUCUUCAAGCCAUUUGAUUCUUCAUGGCAAAAUCUCAAGAAACGCACAGAUACUGCCAUGGAAUUGUUGGAUGAAGUCAAAAGUCUGAAAAUUAACACCAACAAGCUGAAACCCAGAGAAAAGAAAGCUUUAUUUCGUAUAAAGCACUAUCUGCAGUUCAACUUUGCUGUACCUUACGAUGGCAAUUACUACGCCGGUGACUAUAUGAUGGGACCGAAUCUCUUUUGCUGGCAACCGAUUUGUGGAGUUCCUAGCCAGGUCGCUUCACUGCGCUAUUUUCAACCGAAAGAGGUGAAAGACCUUGAAGUUCUACAGGAUAAGCUGGCUCUCUUCAACCAAACAUAUCAUUCUUAUAUCCAAAACCUGAAAGAUGGCAUUAAUGCAGGCAUGGUACGCAGUGUUGAGGAGUGUAAGGCUGGGUUAGACUCGAUGAAGAGGACAGCCUUUAAAGUUGCUCUCAACGGCCCUGAAGGAAUUUUGGAGGAGGGCUCAGUUGAAGAUCUUCUCUCACCCAAUUUCUUGAAGCAUAUAAUAAGCAAAUCGGAAGAUUUAAAGGAAUGGGAGAAAAAACAUGGAAAAACGGUCAAUGAAUCAGUCAGGGGAUUUCUUGUGGAUUACGUUGGGAAGCCUCUUGAUAAUCUAUUCAAGUAUCUAGAGAACGACUUUUCCCAAUACUGCGUCCCCAGUAACAUAUCCAGCGGUCUUGCCAAUCUUCCUUUGUCGUACAUCUACAAAAAUGGCAAAAAUACAAGCACUAAGACGACUAAAAAACUACCCUCAGGGGAGGACUUGGAUGGGAAAAAGUCUUACGACAUGAUUAUGCCAUAUUUUACGAGCAAUAAUAUGACCGCUGAUGAAGUCCAUCAGUUAGGGUUUGAAAUGCUUUACAAGCUAUACCCCGAGGUUCUUGAAAUAGCACGUAAUGUCAACAACGUAACUAACAACGACACGGCUAAAGAGCUGUUCAUCAAAAGGCUCAACGAUUCAGAUAUGCACUAUGCUGAUUACAUACCUGCAAACGAAAGCAAUACAGAAGCACAUAACAAUUGCAGCAGCAUCGAAGGUGCCAAAAAAUAUUGUCCUAAGCGUUGGGCCGCGAUGCAACGAUGGUUUACAGAUGCAAACGAGAUUAUGAGCAUGUUGGACCCCAAAACUGUGAAUAUGUUCCAAUUCAAUGGUUAUAAGCACACGACGCCCAACUGUCCAGUUCAAAUGCGCCCAGACUUCAACCCAUCCAGUGGAUACAAGAGUUUCUCAGCGAGCGGCAACAAAUGUUCACGGCCUGCCUACUAUAAUAUACCAUUCUUCAAUGCUCGACCUGGGCCUAAAUACGAAGAGAUGAGUGUAAAUGCGCACGAGGCAAGACCUGGUCACCAUACUCAGGUGCAAGGGUUAGUAGAACAUUUCAUGGAUCCAUGCGGUGGCGUCCCAAAAUGGUUGGAUUCUGUAACGUAUUACACCGCUUUCACUGAAGGAUGGGCUUUGUAUGCAGAAAAUCCACUGAUUGCUAAAGAAACUGACGCAUAUGAUGGUCGACCGUUUUCGAAAUAUGGCAUGUUAAAAUGGCAGGUGUGGAGAGCUCUCCGUCUUAUCGUAGACACAGGUCUUCACAGCAAAGGCUUCUCUAGAGAAAAAGCUUUAAAAUUCUUCGCAGACUUUGCCUGGGAUACCUCAGAGGGCGCAUUGAAAGAAGUAACUCGCUACCAAAGCGAUCCAGGUCAAGCUACAGCCUACAUGGUCGGCCAACUCCAUAUAAUAAAGCUAAGGGAAUACGCCACGAAGAAACUGGGCAAGAAAUUCAAUCUGARRGAUUUCCACUUCUACCUGCUCUCACAAGGGUCAGCUCCUCUUAGUUAUUUGGAUGAGAGUAUUUCGAGGUACGUGGAGUGUACGUUGAACDACGGUAARGGAGACGRCUGUCAUGAUGUACUCUAUCCUGUUGGUAACGACGACAAGACUACUGCAUCAGAAAUCUUCGAUGAUACAGAAUGGGGUGGCUACCCUCCCGAGCGCUACGUACCAGACCAUUAUAUAUGAGUUGACCUAUUUUCAUAGGGUGCUUUCCAUUUAGGCAGAACCGGCCGGCCAGUCCACUCUAUUUAGAGGAAUA